AUGGCAUCACAGAAACGCACCGUUCUUCUCCUCUCCCUUGCAUAUGAAGACUACUUUGAUGACGUUCAUGGUCAGCUGGUCGACGCUUUCCUCUCAGUGGCAAACGUCAAGCACGCAAAGACACCCAAAGCCGCUCUCACAGUCCUUGAGAAUACCCCUCUGACGGCAAUCAUCACCACGGAUGAAGGUCUCGCUAUGCCCGACCCCAAGAACCAAGAAGUCUUUGCGUUGGUGAAAUCAUUCAUCGAGCACGGUGGACUCGUCAUCGUCGGCCAACACUUUCCAAGCUCCACCAGUGGAGACCAAUUCGACGAUUUCUUCAAGGCCUUCGGUCUUCCUUGGAAGAGGGGCGAUUAUCACCGCACAGACUUCCGGAUCAACCCGUCCUGCAUCUUCCCCUUUGGCCUUCGUCCAGGCGCAAUGCCACAUGAAUACAAUAUGAAGGCUGUCCACGUUCAAGGUGCUACCGAAAGCUAG